AUGGCGUUAAGGCGAAGAGUGCAGGUUCUUCGCUGGUGGAAUACCGUAAGCUUGGUUUUAUUUUUCUGGGUCACCGUCGUAUCUGCUCUCUUUAUCGGAGGUCUAAACCAGGUGAGUAACGUCCGGCUUUGCAUGCUUUCUCAAGCCUCUUCUCUGCAGACACAAUGCAUCCUGUGUAACCAGCCCAAGUACAACAGCGCCGUGAACGGCUGCACACGGCAGAAUUCACUCGCUUCAAACAUCACAAUAGAGGAAGCAUUCUGUAUCCUCGCAGCUUGCAUUGAUAAUCCACGACAGACGCCUAUCAACCUUGGAAAGCGGAAGAAACGUGGUGACGAUGAUUCGUCAGACAGAGUCAUAGAGGAACACUAUGCCCAGGUUAUCAUGGAUGACUACGACGUCAAUGACGACGACUUCUGAAUCUAACCAAGAAUCUUCCGAGCUCGAAAUCAGACGCUACAGGCACUGCGAAGACUGCACCAGCAUCUCCAUCGACUUCACCAUUUUAAAGAAAAUGGAAAAUGUUCACCACCGUCGGGCUCAAGGGAUCUAACCAUCGUUAACUUUGACCUAAUGCAAGAACGUCAUAGUUAGAGAAAGAUAGUUACUAAAGCACAAUGGCUUGUACUCGACGCAGUAGGUCAUGAUGAGAAGGUGCAAUCUUAACCAACAAGCAUUCAAGCGUGAAUCUAAAGGUGAGAAGAAAAAAAAACAGAUUUUUGUUGAAUCGUUAAAAUGACUCUAAUUUCGC